AUGUCGCGUCGUGAGCGCGCGCGCGGUCGCGCGCGCGGCGACGGUGCGGCGAUGGGACGCGGGAACGAACGAAUGCAGCCGCGGCGUGGGACGGCGCCGUCCACGGCGACGGGGCGUCGCCUGUGCGCGCUCGCGGCGCUCGCGGUGGGUCCGACGUGGGCGCGCGCGCGCGCGCUCCCGUACGGGGUGAGCGUGGCGGUGGACGCGGCGUCACCGGAGAUUGGACCCGCGACGGGCGGGACGUUGGUGACGCUGAGCGGCGACGGAUACGGGAGCGGGACGUCGGUGGCGUGCGCGUUCGAUGAUGCGCGCGUGACGCCGACGACGCAGAGUGUGAGUGGGAUGACGUGCUUGACGCCGAGAUAUGGGAACGAUGAUGGAGGGUUCGCGUCGAUCGGAGUGACGCUGCGGCGGAGCGGGAGAGACGCGACGACGUCGCCGUUGGAGUUGGAGCGGGCGUGGACGUUUAAUUUUGCAAAGCAGAUGACGGUGAACGGGGCGUACCCGACGGAUGCGCCUGUGCAUGGAGGGGAGGUGAUGUAUCUCACCGGAUCGCACAUGCACGAGACGCGGACGGUUCGAUGGACAAAACCGACGACGCACGUGGCGGUCGAUAUCGUUUCGAGUGCGUUGAUUCGGUGCGAGAGCCCGGAGGUGACGUCUGGGGAGAUUUCAUCGUACGUCAUACCCACGUUUACGCGGACGCAGAGUGAUUACGACGCGAACGUGCAAGCGUCGACGUCAGCGAAUCAAACGUCGUCGAUUCCCCCUCGAUCGAGAGGAGCCGUGGGAUUCGUUUUAGAGACGGAUUCGUUUUCGCUCACAAACGUGACGCGAGAGACGAACACCACUGGGGGGACGCCCGUGAUCGUCACGGGGAGUGGGUUCGCGACCGUGGGUGCGGACGACGACGGCUCGUUUUUGAGCUGUUAUUUUGGGACAAUAGGUCCCAUAGACGCUCGCGUCGUGGCGAGGAACACUGCGAGAUGUCUCUCGCCGGCGCACGUGGACGACAGCAGCGUGACUUUUAGACUAGGCAUCGGAAACGGUCGAUACACGAUUGAGACGGAAAUGACGAUAAACAUCACGACCGUCGUCGCGGACGAUGCAGUGGACGACGACGUGACUUUGAGACUGAAGAAUCCAACGCUCGACGUCGUGACGGGAGCGACGCCCGUGGACGUCGUUGUUGGAGGUAGUUUUUUCGUCGAGGGAUCGGGCAUGGAUUUUACGGAGGAGGACGGUUGCUCGUGCGCGUAUCCAGACGGAACUAGUUCGAAAUUCCACUUCAUUUCGAGCGCGCUCGCGCGAUGCACUGACAUGGCAACAUGGACCACGGUGGAGCAGGUGAAAAUUAGUUGCUUCACUGACAUUGAUUCCGUCAACCGCUCAGUAUACGUCGCGCCGGUGGCGGUUCCGGCGGUGACUACCUUAUACGCGCUGGCGAUCACGUAUCAGGGCGGGGUGGGGCUCCUGAUCGAGGGUGAAUCGUUCCCGGACGAAGGCGCGAGCAGGGCGUACUCUGGAUGUCAUUUUGGCUCUAUAGGUCCAGUUCACGCGAGAUACAUGAGCGGAACGACCGCCGAGUGCGUGUCGCCGGCGCUGCGACCCGAUCAGAGCGCGCUAUCGAUUGGGUUCGGUGCGACGGAGUCACAGGACUUAGUGCAGUACGGGUUGUCUAUUCCGGUGACGUCGGAUGCGACGUCCCCUUACAUCUCACCACCUCUCUCGUUGACUCCGGCGACGACGUACGUCUCGGCGCUCUCGGCUCGAAUCGCCGUGAGUGAUUAUCAGGUUUUAGGUAGUUUAUCGGUAGGCACUCUGAUAUGCACGUUCGGACGUAAUCGGACGACGACAGGGACGGCGAACGCGCCGUCCUUGAAUUGUCCACUGCCACUCCUGGCUCCCGGUUUCGUCGUGGUGAGAAUCAGUCGAAAUUUUGCGGCGGCCUCACUAGAUCCAUCGCCGUCCAUCUUGGUGAAGGAGGAUCACGCGGUGUACACGGUGCAUCCACGACAGACGUGGGGGCCGGUGGAUUUGAUUUCCAUCACCGGUUCGGACUUUCUCUCAACGCACCCAGAGGGAACGUUCGACGCCGCCAGAUCUUUGUGUGUCUUCGCGAACAAAGGACUCAGUGGCGGCGUAAUAGUUUCCAGCGCGCUCAUCACAUGUGAGUCCCCGAUUUCGGAAACGUCGACUUCGUCUGAGCGAUGGGUGAAACCGUGCUUCGAGGAGUGCGAUUCGUCGACCGGGCUCGCCGUCGGCGCCACAUACGGUGUCGACAGUGAUCGCGUGAUGCUCACAUCCAUGGUACCAUCUCACCUAGUUUCGUCCGACGCACACAGCGGCUGGACGACUGGUGGCACACCUGUUCGCGCGACGCUCUCCGUGGGCGUACCGAGCGAGAUGAUCGAUUGUCGAUUCGGUACCAUCUCCGUCCGCGCGCGUCCUGUGGGCGUCGCCGUCGACGUAAACGUCGCCGCCGCCUCGAACGAGCUCAUCGAGAUCGACUGCGUUUCUCCGGCGCAUGACCGCGCUAAUGUCACCGUGCACGCCGUGCUCGCCGGGAGCCGAGCGCCCCUGGUCUACGGCGGUGCCAAUUUCCUCUACAAGUAG